GAGAAGUGCUUGCGCAUGUCCGAGACAACAUCUCCAACUGUCCCUAUGCCGUCGCGGCUUCGAUUCUUGAUGAAAGCGGGGAGUACGGCGAGUUUCAAAUGAUUUCAAGUGGCUUCGAAGAGGAGUUCGGCUACAACAAGCAGGAGCUUUGCGGGAAGCCGGUUCUCCGCCUCUUGGCGGAAGACCCUUUGGCAGAAUUUGCGCUUGACUGCCAUUUCAACCGUGUUGCGCAGGAAG